AUGCUCAUUGACGGUGAAAAGUGGGCCUGUGAAGCUUGCGUCCGCGGCCACCGUGUGACAACCUGUAAACACAAUGGUACCUAUUCCUCCAUUCUCUCACUCUCCUUCUCCAAAAAGGGUCGCCCCUUUUCGACCUGCUCUGUAUGCAAUUGCACCCCAUGCCAAGCUCCAGAGGAGCACACCAAACUCAGACGUGAGGCAGAGUCCAACGCCUUCCAACCCAUCGCGCCCCGUCCUUCGCUCGACUCGGCCACACCGACCAACCCGGCCGCCAGCCACGCUGCGAUCUCACCACCGCUUGGGAGCCGCCCCAGCGCAGCGGGCGCCGUCCCCGCACGACCGGGGCUUUCCCCGCGCCCCCGCAGCUCGACAGAAACAGAUCCCCAGUUGGGUAUGAGCCAGAGUCCCGGGUACACAUCUGGCGACUCAUACGCACAGCGGCCUCCUCAAGCCCAUCCUGGCGCACGAUCAACUACCCCAGCACUCCCAGUCCCACUCCCAGUAUUCACCACCACAGCCCCCACCUCGCACUUUCCGCUAACCUGCGGCUCGUUCGCGACCCCCGCCCUCGCGUCCGUUGCCGACACCCCGGCCUCCAUGACGCUGAUGCACGGCGAUGCGCACGGCGCUGAGUUCCUGUUCGCGGAUGGCAACGGGUACGCAGGCGACGGGGUCUUCUCGCUGGACGAUCUGGAUGUGGGCGUCGGCGUGGGCGAGGGUGCAAUGAUGCCGCCCGAAUGGGGGGAUCACUUUUGGCUGGGGGAUGAUUCCGUGUGA